CGGAAGUAGUAUUUGGAUCGUUUCCGGUUUAGAUUGUCACACGCGAAACAUUUUUCACCGGCACAUUCAUAGCGAUUUAGUUGACAAAAUGACUCUCUUCCAUUUCGGAAACUGUGUGGCCUUAGCGUAUGUCCCAUACGUUAUUGUAUACAAAUGCUCUGGGUUAGCAGAGUACAGUGCUUUCUGGAAAUGUGUCCAGGCAGGAGGAGCUUACUUGUUUACACAGCUGUGUAAAAUCCUUAUCCUUGCGUCAUUCUUUCCAUCAACAGACAUCGUUCCCGGUGGGAUGGAUGUCAUUGGUGAAUUUCUUAAAUCAACAGUAGAUUUGGCAGAUUUAAUUGGAAUUCAUUUUGUAAUGUCAAAAAUUGCCGGGAAAGGUCAGCUAAAGUUUAUGGUGGCUGGACUAGGCUGGGCAACAGCAGAGCUUCUGAUGACUAGGUUUUUGCCACUAUGGGUGGGAGCUAGAGGAGUGGAAUUCGACUGGAAGUACAUACAGAUGAGCUUUGAAUCUAACAUCAAUUUGGUUCACCACAUCAGUACCGCCAUGCUCGUCUGGUUACGAAGCAGGAGUGACCUUCAGAGGUCAUUUGUACCUGUCGUACUGACCUUGUUAGCUCUCAGCUGCUACAAACCGCUGAUUGUAGAGAUUUUGAUCCAUGCUGUGGGCCUAGGAUCCUGGACGCUGCUCCUGGCCAAGGCCAUGUUUACUGGGUGUGUCGGAGUUAUUGCCCUUCAGCUUUGCCUCAGUCUCACCGUACAUGCCACAAACUCCUACUAUUGAACGAUGUAUACACCAACUACUACAAAUCUCAAAAGUCCUCUAAUUCCUCCACUGCCUCUAGGAGAUAUCAUGCGGGGGAAAUGACCGUCAGACAAGUCAUUGACAAUACCAAUGAAGUUUCCAGAGAAAUCUCGUCAGUUUUGAAACACGGAAUGUGAUAUGAAUGGCCCGGAUUCAUUUUCAGUGUUUUGAUAUAUGACUUUAUGGAAAUAUUUGUAUGGAGUUAUCAGAUUUCUGUCUAGUUGAGAUGAUGUGAAAAUAUGGCCAUUUAGAAAUAUAUUUAUUGAAGCUUUAGUUCCUAUUGAAGGAAAAAGGUAUUAUCGGUAUUAAAAUACAUCUUUUAAGUGUCGGAUCGUUACAUGCUGAUUUGAUAUUCAUAGUAAAGUCAAAGAAAUAAUAUAUGAAAUAGUUUGUCAUGGAGGUAGAUUUGGGAUAGAAACGCCAUUAAAUUUGUAUUUAUUAAUACAAAAGUAACUCAUUAUGCAUCGAGAACAAAAUAUUUCAUACAUAUUACAUAACAUUAAAUCAUGGUGCAAUUACAUGUAUUUUUACAGAUUUUCUACAUCAGCUUUUGUAAAAUAUUCAGCUUUUAAAUUAAUAUUCCAAUACAGUACUGUAAUUAGUGAUUUUUUACAGUAAAAAAGAGGGGACAAUGCAUAUAUGUAUGUAUGUAUGUAUUUAUAUGUUUAUAUAUAUUUUGAGUUAGUUGUAAGACGAUAGGUGUUAGGGAGUAUUUAUAUUCUAAUCUAUAUAUAGUGUCAGUACUACAUUUGUAGUUGUUCAGUGGUUGUCACGUACGAGUUUGAUGAAGUAUGUGUAGUGGUAUACAUAUGAGCUAUGAUUGGUGAAGUGUAUGUGUGUAGACUGUAAUAGUGUACCUGUGUGUGACUAUAUAUAGGUUACAUGUAAGUAAACAUAGGUCUGUAUAAUCAGUAUAAUGGAGGUGUGUAAUGUUUUUAUAACCAGUGACGCUACAGAAUGUAAGGUCUGGAGUAUAGUAAUGGCCAUAACGAUACAAGGUUGACUUGUGAUGUGUGAAGUACACGUGACAGUCCACGGUUGACUUGUGAUGUGUGUAUGUGUGAAGUACACGUGUAACAGUCCACGGUUGAAUUGUGAUGUGUGUAUGUGUAAAGUACACAUGUGUGACUGUCAGGUGUAAUAAGUAAUCAGAAAUACCAUGGAAUGUAUGGUCCAGAGUUAAGUAAUGGCCUUGAUGUAACAGUACACGGAUGACUUGAGAUUGGUGAUGUGCAUGCAAACGUAUAUGUGUGUCCCAUGUAAACGUAUAUAUGUGUUUCAUGUAAACAUAUAUAUUUGACUCAAUACAUGUAAACAUGUGUGACCAUUUUGUAAUCACUAUCAGUUACCAUAGUAACACUACAGAAUGUCAAGUCCAGAUAUAAAUCUAUAUGUGACAUCUAAAAACACCAUUACAUUGUAUAAGUGUAUCAUGUGUUUGAUUCCAGAAUCAGAUUAUAAGGUCUUUUUUUUAUUUAUCUGCCAAUAAGCCCAUGCCUGGUUAUAACAAACCAUGUCUUUUGCAGUUCAUUGAAAACUCUUCAUUUAACUGUCCUGCAUCAAGUCCACUUCUUGCUUUGUUUAAGGACUGGUCAUCCUCUGGGGCCUCUUAAGUGAUAAAUACGGUAAUAUUAUAGUACUUUGCAUGAUCUGUUUCGACUCCUUUCUCAAAACCUGUUUUUUAUCCAGCAUAUGAUUCAAUAAUAUGAUUUAUAUAAUGUUGAUGUCUAAAAUAAAAUCAUUUUAUAAUGAAGCAGGUAUUUGUUAGU